AUGCUUGAUGAACAACAAGACACUCUUAUGUGGCAUCAUGAAUCUAAUGGAAUAUACACAGUCAAAUCGGGUUAUGCUUUGGCUAUGCAUUUGAAAGACCAAUCUCCUUCAGCUAGUGUAGCUAAUAUUCUUCACACUAGGUAUAUUAAUGAUUCGACCACUUGCUUUAUUUGCAAUGGUGACAAAGAGACAAUAAUUCAUGCUCUUUUCCUCUGUAAACGGGCUCGACAAUUGGAAAAAUUUGCUACCAUUCUUUGGAGUAUAUGGAGUGAACGAAAUAAAGAGAGGCAUGGUACUUUGCCAAAACAAGCUGAUACUAUCCUUUAUUUUGCUCUCUCCUAUCUGGAGGAUUAUCAUGAAGCUAGGAAAGCCCAAAACUGUGUCAUUGUUAGCAAUCAAUCGAGUGCAAAAUUGGUAUCUUGGGAUGCUUCAUGGUUGAAUGCCCCUUCAGGCCAUCUGAAACUUGACACAGAUGCUGCAGUUGACAUAACGAAACAUGUUACAGGCUUUGGUGCAGUCCUUAGAAAUAGUUCGGGAGAUAUACUUGUUGCCAUGGCGGUCCCCUUUAAAGGAUGCUUUAAACCAUAA